AUGCGAGGCGGCGCAUGCAGCACUAUUCGCUUUAGUAAAAUGAUUUUUUUCCAUUUUCCACUUGUCCACAGACAAGUAUACACAGACAAGUACAUGCAAAGUGGCCUACAAGGUGAAGAACAUCUAAUUUAUUUGCCAUACCUCUCAGUACACCUAACUCUUUACAGAAUGUCCACCAUCUCAUCCUCUGUCGUUGCACGUCUCUCCAAGGUGUUGCCAUCUCUCGACUCCAUCUCCGUUGCUCAGCUCACAGCAAAGCCACCCCUUGCCUCAUACUCUCUUCCUCGCACAUCAAAGGGUAACCUCCCUAUCUACAGGACAAUCCGCUCCCAGGCUGUCUACACCGAAAUAAAACGUGUCCAGGGUAACGUGGUCUCCUUCAGAAACGACCUGCAGACACUCUUGCCCCACAUUCCAAAGGAAAAGUACUCUUGUCGUACAAUAAAUGGCUGUCUAAGAAUCAAGGGUGAUUUUAAGGAUGAGAUUCUCGAACUACUCCAAAAGAAGUUCUAG